ACAGGUUGGUGUCUACGUCUGCAUUUCUCCAAUGUUUAGAAAAGCCAUAUGACGCCGACUCUCACAAAAUAUCCAUCUUUCUGCACAGCCUGAAAACCGCGUUGCUAUCGUGCACGUCAAAAGUUUCUAGCCAAAAGCACCUCUUCGAUCAUGCCUGAACCCUGCCAAUACUUCAACUUCCUUGGACUGCCUCGCGAGAUCCGAGAUGCAGUUUAUGAGUAUACACUUUGUUCUUUCAGUCAGCACCGUGGCCCGUAUGAUAUUACACAUUGUGCAGCUCUGUGCUCAUGGGCAGAUUUGCAAAUAUGCCAUUUCACUGGGAAUCUCAACCUACUGCUUGCGAAUCAACAAACCCACAAUGAAGGCUACAAGAUGAUGUUGGAGAAGAACCUAUUUGUCGUUGUUCAAAUCCACGACUCCGUGAACGAAUGCUCAAUGAUACACGGCCAUCUACCGCCAACAUAUGUUCUGUAUUCCGCCUACCACAAUGAACGAGAGCAGAUGCGUCCGGAAUCAUACCCGUGGCACACCAUGCGUAUAAGGCUAGACAGCAAAAACAAUAUGUUAGGAGAGAUGGCGAUGAAUGGCGAAUAUACUGAGAUUGUCAUGUUAUUGGAAGAUUGUAUGGAUAUAUUCAAGAGAUUUGGACUUCGCAUUACCGACGAAAAUCUGCCUGACCCAAAUGGAAGAUUGAUUCCUAUGCGACUACCAAUAAAGGUAGUGGUGGAGCUCAACCCCAAGAGGAAAGGGGGCGACAGGAAGACCAGCUACAUGAAUAUACGGAACUCCCGCUUAGCCAUCGACCAGAAGAAGCUUCUGAAGCACAUUGGAGACACUUUUCGCGCUUAUGACAAUUUUGAGAUUAAGAAUUGCGAUGACGAAGCACUAGCUGCAGAAAUUGUCCAGCAAGUAUCCAAGGAUCCGUCUCUCAGUCUGGCCUCUUUCCAAGCUCACAUCGAAAGACAUGCCCACAGUUCCGAAGCCUCUUGGAGUCAGAGAAACAUCGUGGAAUGCGCCAACUUCUGUACCGAGGGGCUCGAAUUAGUCCACCGUGUUCGAUUCAGCGCUCCACUCGUGCACCAGCUGUGCGACAACGGUUUACAGAAUUGUUUCCACACGAGCCAGUUAAUUCACAGGCUAUACUACCUCUUAGCACGGUGCACUUUUGCCCAUCUCUCCACGCUAAUAGACAAGCGCAUCGAGGAAGACAAUUAUCAGUACAUCGGCGAUACCGCCCAUGCUCUUUUCGACUUGCUCAAGACGCACAGAAAACGUGUUCAUGGUUUCUUAUCACAUCAUGAUCCUCCCGUUCAUGAAGAAGCCGAAAUUAAUUAUAUGAAAGCGAAAGCCCUACGUGUAGAAUGUGAAUUCCAUUCAAUGGCACCAUGGAGUGAAAUGCUCAGAUGUAUAGAGAAAGCUAAAAGGUUGCAGCCAUGCAAUCCUAACUAUGAGGAAGAAGAGAGAAAAGCAAAAGUUUGGCUCGAAGAUGGCGCGAGAUAUAAUGCUUGGUUGCGUACUGUCAACUGGGGGGAAUAUCAAACGAUGAGGUAUUGGAGGAUGGAGACUGAUAAGUCAGUAUUUGAAUUCUGAAUGCCUUAUCAGCCAGCGAUAUGAGAAUGAGCCAGAUGGCGUAUAUUAUGGGUCAGAUGAAGUUUAUUCAAAGAGAUGAGUAUGAUAUCGCAAUUGGUGAAGGUUGGUAUCAAAGGUCAAUGAGCAAGUACGCGCUGGCCAGACUAUGAAGAGCGAUCAGACAAUUUGCUUAAACUGAUGCAAUCAAUCAUCGAAGUUGGGUCAUCAUAGAGUACAGUCCCGAACAAACGCCCACGACUCAUUAUGGGGUAUAAGCGAUCCUGUGUUACAAGCCGAGCU